AGAAGAGAGGGCUACUCUUGGAUAGUGUAGACGUAGUAGGGCCAAAGUCCAUCCACAGUCCCAGAUCCUACCAGAAUUAGCCUGAUCCUAGCGAAUUCCCCUUCAUCACAAUGCUGUCUACAAAAAUCCUUGCUCUUUCCCUCGUGUCCCUGAGUCUUGUUUUCGGCCAAGAGACCUGUCCCGACGUCCCUGACCUGGACCUCGGAGCUGGGGUCCCCCCGAAUCCCGCGCAUAUUCCGGCUGGGUGCUCUGACUACGAGAUUCUCGUCGCUCGCGGAACGGGCGAGCCGAACUACGCCAAUGGUGGCAAGUUCGGCGUAGUCGUCGGCGAUCCGGUCGUCAGCAACACGACUCUCCGACUUCCCGGCGCCAGGGGCUACCCUGUGCAGUAUCCCGCCAGCUCGGACAUCACUGGCGUUCGCCGAGGCGCCACUGACGUGGUCAACCGCCUCAGACGCCAAGCCAUUUCUUGCCCGCGGCAGACUUUCUCGCUCGUUGGCUACUCCCAGGGCGCAGCAGUCAUGCAUUCAGCCGCGGAGGACAUCCCGCUCUACCUGUAUCCUCGGAUCAAGUCUCUCGUCAUGUUUGGAGAUGGCUAUCACCGCCUGGGACCGGUCCUGAGCCGGUUUCCCACCGGGCUGAACGACAAGGCGAUGCAGAUCUGCGCGCCUGGCGACCCGGUGAGAGAUGACCCUCUUUCGGAUGGACCAUUGAUGAUCAUUUGACUCACCACUUUUAUGUCUUCACCCUGUCAGGUUUGCGAUCCAAACGCUGGAAACUGCACAUACUGGCACCUCACCUACAUCCGUCCCAGCUACAUCA